UAUGUAUACACAUGUAUGUGUGUAUGUAACACAUACAAAAUUUUAUUUUAUUUCAAUUUUAUUUUAUUACUUCAUCAUAGACAUAGCAAAAAUAGGAGUGACUUAGUUCAUCAGCCUUGUUAUAGCACUUCCGGUCUAAAAGCGAACGGCUUUCCUCCUUUAUCUCCCGAUGCGGAAUAUUUAGGGCUUUUUUCCCCACAUAUAUGUUACACUUUAGAGCAGGCGUAGAGCACCUAGGGCGAGAAUUACAGCCAUGGGCGUCUUUCAAAUCUUCCCUUGAAUGAAAAGGCUACACGCUAUUCUACAUUUCUAUCUCUAGGGUGCUUUCCAGUUCCAGGAAAGGGGGGGGGAAGAGAGAAGUUGUAACAGCUUGUUGUACACGUGACUUCUUGACCUGUGCGUUGCUCUUGCCUUCCGCGUCCUCUAUUGGUUCCUGGUCCGGUCAAAGAGAACCUUCUUUCGGCUCGUCCUUCGUGAGAUUAGGCUCCGCCACCGACGAGCCAGCGAUCAGGGCUGAUGCAGUUGCUGCUAGUAGCUCUUGGCUAUGCCUGCAGGAGUAGCUUGGCCUCGCUACCUGAAAAUGUUCAGUGCAAGUAUGUUGGCCAUGUUUGCUGGUGCAGAAGUUGUCCAUCGAUAUUACAGGCCUGAUCUUACAAUACCAGAAGUUCCUCCCAAGCCUGGAGAACUCAGAACUGAACUAUUGGGGCUCAAAGAAAGAAAUCAGGAAGUUCAGCCUUCACAACAGUGAUGAUGCAAGGAUUAUGUUCCUCCAUGAACUGCUCUUUAGUAUUUAUAAUUGAACCUGUGCAAUUUCAGUGUUUUCUGGCAACACUGGCUAUACAAGUCAUCUAGUGUAUGCCCAUUUUCUGGAGUCAAAAUAUUUUUACUUCCUCCCAUGCAAUACAAGGCCAUCUUUUACUUAGCUGUCUGGUUUGUCUCAAUAUGUACCUGUAGCAUUGCUCUCUCUAUAUGGCACAAUAUGCCAGUACUAUUUCCCCCCUUUUCCUUAAAACGGUUUCUGUAGGUUUUUGAUGAGGUGUUAAGCUUUUCUACCUUUCUGGAAGAGUGACUUCCAGAGAUCAAUGAGCCAGGUUGUCAGCCCAAGGGCAGGGACUAAGAUGUGACACAAGAGCAAAAGGUAUUUCAUAGAAUAGGGACACCGAGGAUCAUCAACACCCUGCAAUGCAGAAAUAUGCAGCUGUCCGUUCAAGUACUAGUUCUUGGUUACACAUUUGGUUAGUGUCAAUCAAAACACCUUCUUGGAAAGAGUUGCAAUGCAAUUGCAAUGGACCUUACAGACUGGCUAUUUGGGGCAUAGGAAGAAAUCUGCCAGCAUCUCAUCAGCCCCUCACCAGAGCAGAAUUAUCCAUUGCUGUAGGCUGCUCACAAUUCUAUAAUGGGCUUCCAACAAGCAAGGGCGUCAGCCUAACUUAAAGUGGAUGUAAUGGAGGUGGAUUUGCAGGUUGGGGCCUCAUAGGUUCUAGCACUGCAGCCUGUAGUAAAAGGCAGCAAAAUUACACCCACUAAAGAACAGUUGGUUCCAAUGGUGGGAGGGUAGCCCAGGUGAUGAAAAUAAUGGGGACUGGAGAUGGAUGGUUGCCUCCUUGGAUUUUCACUCCCUAAAAGUGGUGCUGCAAUAAACUCAUGUUUCACAAA